GUAGUACGUGAGGCACGUACGCAGUGUUGGUUGAUUCUUAAAUUCACUCAGUUUUCAAUUCGAAACUCGCUGGUUCACAAUGACCGGUCGCGGUAAGGGAGGAAAGGGAUUGGGAAAAGGUGGCGCGAAGCGGCACAGGAAGGUGCUCCGUGAUAACAUCCAGGGUAUCACCAAGCCUGCGAUUCGACGUCUGGCGCGCAGGGGUGGCGUGAAACGUAUCUCCGGUCUCAUAUACGAGGAGACCCGCGGUGUUCUCAAGGUUUUCCUCGAGAACGUCAUCCGCGACGCGGUAACCUACACGGAGCACGCCAAGAGGAAGACCGUCACCGCAAUGGACGUCGUGUACGCUCUGAAGCGCCAGGGCCGCACCCUCUACGGUUUCGGAGGUUAAGUUGGGUUCGGUCGUAUAUCCACUGAUAUAUACCUACCUACCUACCUACCUAACUUUAUGUAUUUUUCAACAACAAUAAAAAGGCCCUUUUCAGGGCCGCAUAUGUUUCGAUAAUAAAAAUAAAACGUUAUC